CUGAACGUGCAGAUCGCUUGUGCACAGUGUAAGCUCAUUUUUCGCUUCGGUACGACAGAGCGGAGGAGAUCAGAGAAAAGUGUAACGGUGUAUUGUACAUACAUAUACUCGUAUAAGAGUACAUACAUACUAAGUGGUUUUGUGUGUGUGAAAACUGUGCUUUAGACUUAAAUGGUGUAUUUCGUUUACACUUAUUUUGACAACGUUCUUGUGCACCACUUUUUCCGAUUAAUGAAAUUUAUUGAAAAUUUCCACUUUUCAUUUUUGCGUUUGGUGUUUUUUUUUUUUGUAAUAAAAUCGAAUUUUUAUGCUAUCGAAAAGUGUUGCAUUUUCACCAAAUUUUAAUGUUCUCUGCGGUGGUUGCAUGAUCGCCUUUGCUUCUAUUAAUUUUAUCUACCAUAAUUACGCGGCUCAAGACUAGCCACCAACUGACCAAGUUAAGCCCAGAAAAAGUGCAUUGCUGACGUUGAAAAAGACUUUUCACCGCGUUACAGUCUAGCACACGGUCGGCUGCAUUUAUGUACGUAUGUCGUGCAGUGGCACACACACAUUUGCACAUAAAGUUAAACACGAAUUUCAUUUCGGCAAUUCUUCAUUCUGCAUUCUGCAUUCUGCAUUUCAUUUUCGUUUUCGGUUUCGCGUCGACCGUGGACCGUGGACCGUGGACCGUGCACCGUCGUAUACCGUCGUACACCGAAGUUCGAACGUCACCCAGUUGGGUUGGAUUUUGUCGGCGUGUUCGUUUGUGCGUAUGUAAACCAGCUUUGGCGUCUGCUGCCUGCCAGUUUGGCUGGUUGCUGACUCUCGAUUGCAUUCUUGCUGCUACAACCGGCUGCUGGUGAUGCUGGCCACAUUAGUUUUCGCAUUGCGCUUACUGGUGUCGUGCGCUGUCUUGGCCAAUCUCCACAAAUACCAGCGACCAUUGGAUUUCGCCUGUUUGACUAUUCUACUGGGCGCAGGCGCUUACUAUAUAGACGCGCAGCUGCGCGAAUGGUUCUUCAGCGAGAUCACACGACUGUGUUAGCGCACGGAAUGCGGUACACGGUGAAAGAAGAGUGAAAGAAGAAGGGCAUGAAUAAUAUAAAUGCCAAUCAGUGAGGCAAAAAACAUUCAAAAUCUAUUUGCAAUUCUAAUUCAGUUUCAUGUGUUUACUUUUUACGAUUUACGUAGUACAUACGUGUGUGUAUCUGUGUGUGUGUGUGUGUACCGGUUUAUGUUUUGCAUGCAUAAAUAAAUUAUGCAAUGAUGGAGUAUUUUUGAAAAAAGUGCUGGUUUUAAAAUGGUCAUGUGCAUAAAAGUGGAAGUGUAGUGGAAAUAAAUGAAAUUCUUUGCGAAACAAAACCAACUGCAAAACAAAACAAAAAAAUAAAAAUAAAUAAACAAAAAGAAAUCUCAAAAAAGGGAGUAAGCAAAAAGUGCUGAUGCCAUUCAACGCACACAAGUGUCUUCAUACGAUUACCAAUAAAUCUUGAAAAAGUUAUAAAUUUUUGAAAAAUUGCAGGAAAAGUGAGUGGUGAAGGAAAAUUGUUAAUUUAUACAUAAAGAACUUAUGUAUGUAUGUACAUACAUGAUCUGUGGAAUUUUACUUUUGUACUUUGUGAUUGUAAGAAUUUAAAAAAGUGUCUAAACAACGACAAUAAUUUGAAAAAAAGGAGCAAACAUUUGGAACAUUGGAUUACAACAACAGUUGAUCAAAGAAAAUUGUGGUUCGCGUACUUCAUAAUCAAUUACAAAAAGAAAAGUAAAAGUGAAACGAAAAGUAAGCCGCGAUUUAAACAAAGUAACGUCUAAAAACUGAAAGUUUCCUACUGUUGUUGAUGAUUGACUUCAAUGCAAGGAAUUGAUGAGAAGUUGCAAGAGCUCUGGCAAUUGAGAUUAUGCGCGCAAAAAGAACAAGUGUUCGCCGAUGUACGACAAAUCAAAGAAAACCUGGAGUCAAAGGCUCAAGAUUACGAAAAACACAGAGAGCAACAACACUACAGCAGCAACAAACACAACAAGCACCCUUUCUGAGGCCGGCGCAACGGUGACGGGCAUAAAACUGUCGGAAAAAGCAGCCUCAACAGCAAAACAAGCGAUAGCAAAAACAAAACGAACACAAGAUACUGUAUAUAAUGCAAAUAAUUUUGCCCACAACCAAAUUCAAGUACAGCAAUAUCACACAGUUGCAGCCGCAAUGCAUUUACCAACACUACAACUGAAUGAUUAUCACUUCAGUAAUGGCGGCGGCGGCGGUGGGGGCGGCAUUGGCGGAGUGAAUGUCGGCUAUGAGUAUUUGCCUAGCGCCCUCUCACGCUCCAUGAAAUUCGCGGAGCCAUGGAUCUAUGGCACUGUGCGCGGCGUGCCCGCGCGCCCCUCAUACCAACACCUCAUGCCACAGGCGCCAGCGUCGCCCAGCAAUUACAUGCAACCGCUGGCGGUGGUCAUCUGUUCGUGCCCGGAGUAUUUGAAUGGCACAAAAAGAGAUGUGAAGAAAGCGAGCGUGUGUAAAAAGUGCAAAGGUUCACGGCUACCAUUGACGCCCAUCGGUGGUACUAUGCGCCUACCAGCUAGUGGUAUGUUGGCCGUGUCGAAAAUGCGCAGUAGUGGCGCUGCGACCGUGCGCGUGGUAAGCACAUCGAAAAAAGCACGUCCAACGAUACUCGAUCCGCAAAAGGAUCCCUAUGAUAUGAUGCGACGCACGCGUCUGCUCUCUCCCGAACCGUCAGCUAGCGGUGGUGGUGGUGGUGGUAUUGGUAUUGGACGCGACGCGACGAAUAGUCGUGACAAGGAUAAGUCACGAGGACGUGGCAAAAGUGCAAGUCCUGUACGCGGACGGAGCCGAAAGCGCAAUCAGUUGCCUGUGUCAGGCCAAAAACAGCAGAGUAUUUCAGGCGGUAGUGGCAUGCGUGAAGAACCGGACAGCUGGCUGGUGGAAGACACAGAUACACUAUUAAAUGCCACUGGUGCCGUGGGUAGCGAAGGUAACACCACACGACGCUCCAUACUACGCUGCAAUGUAAAUCCAUAUGAUCUGAUCUCACACAACCACAUGACUAAUAGUGGUGUCAUAACGCCUCUGCGGAACAAACUAUCAGCGUCAACUACCCGUUUGAGCACAAACUCCGCAUCACAGAAUGAGUUUAUGCCACCAAAUGACGACUUUAAUGUGGCAGAUGCGGCACUUACUGAGGAAGCACCACCGUUUACCUCAAACCUGAAAGUUGGCGGUACCACUCGCCUGCCUCCAGCCAAUAAAGCAGCGCAAGCGCUACAAGGUCCAAAAGCAAAAUCAGUAGAACACAAAACAACGGUUUUACGACGUGAGAGCCGCACAGCAGGCGCACCGAAUACGUGUGCAAACGUUAGCGAGGAAGACGCCAGCAGUAAAUAUGCUGAGGAAACACGAAGCAAACGUAACUAUAACAAUGUGCAGGCAAUUGCCGGGCAACGUAUUAGCUUAGGCGACAGCAAAACUACAGCCAAAUCAUUAAUCAAACAAAACGAGGAUGGGCGUAGCUAUGAGAGCAUCACACUAGCUGAGCCAACGAAAAGACCAACAAAACAGCAGGGCGUGCAGGGUGUACAAGGUGGCGCUGAAAAACAAGGUAAUUCUCAUGAUUUUUCCAAGGCGCCACCGGCAAGCCAACCGAAACGACCGCCACGUAUACGCAAAUCUGAAUCGAGUGAAAGUGCUGAAAGCGAAGUAGAGCACACUCAAUCAAAGAUUGACGCCAGUAAAGUGCUUCCGGCUGGAAUAGACGGCGAAAGAGUUAUGAGUCCAACCCUCACACCAAACCAGAACAUCAAAUCAAUAUUAAAGCGUCCAUCAUCACGCACAUCCGAGAAUGCCGCCGACUUGCCAAACGUCAAGGAUCAACAAACGCUGUUGGCAGCUGGCGCGAACGGCGUUGGCGCGAAUGCAAUGACACCUACUAAUCAAGGACGCAGAAAUGCAAACCACAAUAGCGCCAACGCCUCCCCCUCACCCACAGCGAAAUCGCAAUUUUACAUUCCGCUGCCACAAAUACGAAAGAAAGUGCAGUUCAGCGCAGAAGAACGUAUAGUGCAUGCGCUGGAAAGCGACACCGCCAGCAGUGAUGAGGCCACUGAGCUCGCUGAAAUUCAAGAAGUUUUAUCCGAUGAGGAGGAGGGUAGCAAAGGGGCGGCUGAAGGCAGUCCUCAAAUACACAAAUCCACAUCCAAUUACGAGUAUUACAAUCGAAAACGAGAACAACAGCGGAUGGAGCGUUUGGAAAAUGUGACCGAAACCGAAAGUACACAACCCAGCGGACAAUCAGCACAGUUGCUACUGACACUCCCAACACAGGAUGCGUUGCUGGCUGAGUUGAAACAAUAUUCAGAUUUAGUAACGCAAGUGAUUGCUCAGGCAAGUAAUAGCAGCAGCAACAGUAGCAACAACAACAACAACAACAACAACACCAACACCAACAACAUAAAAAUUACUACCCACGAUUAUGAUGGCUAUAAUUUUGAUGAUGCAGCCAUAGAAAUACGAGCUGCAGGCGCCGGUAGGGCAACAAGCACCGCGCAUUAUGAGGAUUUAAGCCACAUAACUAUUGGCGAAAGUAUCAACAACAACUACAACGUAGUUAGUAGUAGUAGUGACGGUUGGACCAAUAAUGGCGGAAGCAAAAAUAAAAGCAGCAUCAGCAGCAGCAGUCAACAACAUUUUAUCAACAUCAACAACAACAACAACGACAACAACAGCAACAGCAACAACAAUCGAGACAUGCGACAGAGGGACGACGCAAAGGAGAAAACUAUGUCACUUGGCAGCACGAAAACGUUGCUUACUCAACAGAAUGCGUGCAGGUCGGCGCAUUCAUCAACGGCAAUAAAAACAGCAACGACAGCGCCAACAUCAUCGACAUCAUUACUGCCAACAACAAAAGCCACAAACGCUCAAUCACUUGCCGCAACAGCAGUGGCAGCAGCUGCGACUGUGUCACAUGUCAUUCGCAGUGACAAAAGUGACGAUAAUGAUGAUGCUGACGAGGGCAAUGACGAUGCUGAUGAUGAUGAUGAUGAUGAUGAUGAUGGUCAACAUGAUGUGCUCAACAACAAUAACAGCGACAAUGAUGACAGCAACGAUGAGGAUAUAUACGAGGAUGCGAACGGCGACAACAUUGAAAAGAACGACGACGAUAGGAGCCACGCCACGUUGGGCCGUCCAGCAGCGGCUUCAGUCACAGCGCCCAAAGUAACUCCUGCAGCUGAUGAUGUGCUAAAAGCGGAGCACGGCGUUGGAGCUACGCAAAACAGUGCACCACCACCGACCAAGGGAGCCGCAAUCAGCGCGCCACGGAGCGAGCAGCGAGAAAACAACAAAAGCAAGCAAAAUAAAAAGCAAGUUAAGCAGCCGCAGGCAACACAAUCGCGUAAGCCCAUCAGACGUACGCAAAGCGAACGCCACCCACGCCCCACAACAUCAUCCGCAAUGUGCACUAACAAUGCCAGUGGGGAGAGCAACAGCAACAGCAACAGCAGCAGCAAUAACAAUAACGAAAACAACAAUGGCUGCGACAACAACGACUAUCAACUUGAAGACCACACUACAAAUGGUGACCUGCGUUUUGUGGCCAGCUCUUGUGCCGCUAGCAGCAGUGGUGGUUACAGAGAAAGCAACAACAAUAACAGCAGCAAGAAUCAUAAAAAGAACAAAAAUGAGAGUCGACGCGAAGAGGCCAUUUUAAGUUUUAAAGAUACAAUGGCAUUGCGCGGCAAGCUGAACCGCAACGAUAGCAGAGAUUUAUUUGCUCGACCACGCGAACCGCCACCACCGCCUCCGACGCCACCUACGCCCACCAUUGUGAGCCCCAUUGCCAACGUACUGGUAGCUGAAGCAUCUGCUGCCCAAACGACCUCGACCGCCACCACAAACACCAAUAGAGCUGGCAAUAACAAGGUCGCAGCCGUUGCACUAAUGGCGACGGAGACGGAAGCGCUGUUGUCGACACAAGACUGCCAAGCAAACAUUUCGACACUAUCGCCUUUGCCUGCUAGCAGCCGGCGAGCGGUGGACAACAGCAGAUCAAGUAAUGCGGGAGGCGUGGAAAAAAAUUCGCCAUUCACCGGUGGCACAAAUGGCUUAGAGAAGCCAACGCAGUUACUACUAGAACAAGCAGCUUGUGCAAAAACUGCCGCACAACUGGCAUAUGAGAGUCGCACUGAUAGCGCACGUCGUGGCAUGCAACAAAUGGUAUCACAAAACAUGCGCGAAACAAAAGUACCGCAACAACAAGCACAACAAGAACAACGCGGCUCACGUAAUGCCUGUGAGAGUACAACUCGCGUGAUAACAAAUCCGCACGGCAGCAGUUUGUCGUCUUGCUCGACAGCUACCAACACCAGCUUCGCCAUUAACACUAAAACCUCGCCACAUCAACAGCGUACAGUGGUACGGGUCGCACCGUUUAACAAAACGAAAACCACUUCGGAAGUUCAUCGUCUCAAAAUAAGUCACACCGACAACGACGAUGCCCUGACAACACACACACACCUGCCGCCGCCAAACCAACAGCAAAAGUCGCCCAUAUCAUCACCACACUACAGUUUCCAUUAUAACGCUGCGUCUGGUUCAACGUUCGCUGACGAGGCAGGUGAGCUCUCUAUGUCUACUGCACAGAAGAAAACUUCAAUUUUAAUUAACGGUGAUGAUUGCUAUUCAACGAUGAAUCUAAGUUGCGAUGAUGCCAGCACUCCACUCUACCAAUCCUCCGUCGUGGUGGCAGAUCACAGUGCAAAAAUGGCCGCAGGAGAUACGUUAAAUGAUGCUGCCACACUUGGUGGCAAUUACAGUGGGCUCAGAGUGACGACAACAUCAAAUACGGUCACCAUCAAUGUCAGUACUCCGCGCAGCGCUGCCGAAGAAUUGAUUUACCAGCAUAAUAAAAUCAAUACGUUGCUGAGUCAGCAGCCUGGCAACGGUAAAGGUAGCUAUCCCUCUGCCGGUCGGGCAAUUAUACCAAUUAAGGGUUCUUCUGAGGUGAAUUUGCAACGCUCGGCAUCGUCCACGUCCUCAACUUCGACCAGCUCAAUGACGAGCUUAAGCAGCAGUGGUAGUGGCAGCGGUGGAAGUGGUGGUGCGAAACGUGGACGCACUUUGAUUAGAUUGGGUUAUGAGCCAGAAAAGAUCUCAACACUACCGGUACAACCAAAGGCCACACAGUUGUGUUCGGACAUUGAGAUUUGUGUACAAGCUCCUGCGGACGAUGUCAGCAACAUGGACAUUGCCCAGCUGCUAUCACAUGAAGAUGAAUUAUUAAAGAUAUUACGAAAUCCUGUGGAAGCUGUGAAGAGAAAUUUGGUGCCGCACGUUUGUGGCCGUAGUGAAGUGUCACCAACACGGGAUGCAAUAAGAAAUAGGAAAAUGAAGAAUGUAAGCAAGCAGGUGGAAGCAGCGAAAGAUGCCACAGUUAGUUCUAACAAAGUCAGCUUGCCAUCCGAAAAGCAAGAAUCCAUGGUAGUGCAGAAAGAAUUAACCGAUUCGACGACGGUUGCAAAGUCUUCUUUUAUAACAAAGUUACUUGAAGAUCCUAUGCUCAGCCAAGUGGCCGAUGGUUUGGAGACUGAAACCGUUGCGGAACUCAUCGAGAACUCUUUGAAACGCCUGCAAGAAUCACGUAGCGCAGUAGAUAUGUCUGGUACCAAAGACAACGACGAUAUGAAUCGUCUAAUCAAUCUAUCCCUGCAGAAAAUUAAAGAAGAACGUCAGCAUACCACGCUCUCUGCGACAUCUACUACGAAUACAUCUUCCACUGCUAGUAACAACCACCUUACCGUACCCACCAAAGAUGAAGAUGGUCUGUCCAAUCGUGGCAGCAUCAGUUCAGCCAAUAGCUUUGCCUCAGCCAAUAACUAUGAAAUGUUCGACUUCGACGCCAAUGAAUCGGAUUGUUACCAGAGCUGCUCUAGCGAGAUAACAACCCCUGGAGAUGAUGAUAUAUGCUCAGCUAGCACCCGCUCGAAAUUUUAUCAGAUGCUCGUGGAUGCCACAUUAGCAGAGAUUGAGAUGACCGCUAAUAUGGAAGAGGACAUUGGCAGUCAUCACUAUGAGUCGAUAAGAAAUAACGGUGAUCCAAUAUACGAGGAAAUCAACGAUAUGCCGCCACCCUUGCCACAAAGCGCGCCGCCAUUAAGCGACACCGAUUUAGAUAAGAAAGCAGCACGUUCCAUAUUUGAAGGUGCCUCAAAAUAUGAUAUACUCUCGUACCUUGUAGACGCUAAAGAGCGUGGCGUUGUUCGUGAGGAGACUUUUGAUUAUCCUCUCAAUUGUUCUAACCCCAUAAUAAUAGAAGAGGAAGCUGGUGAUACGCUUAGCGAACUCGGCAAAGGGUACGCAAUGCGUGAUCUCAGCUCUCGCGCUUCAGUUCUGAGUGAUUCAAGCGAAGAUACUCAAAGCAUGAUGAGCUCACUCUCUCCAACAACCAACAAUUUCAUCAGCGGUAACGGCAGCCACAACACUUUACUUCAACGCAAAGGCGCCUCCAGCGAUAUUGAACGGAACGACUCCGGCGUAGGAUCGGAGACUAGUAAAAGCUCGCGUAGCAAAUAUCAAAAUCCUCUGCCCACUGUGAAUGCACAAAUUUCCAAAGACAGUCCCAUACACUUAUGUGAGGACUGUGAUGGUCCCGUAGAGACACAAGUCACCGACUCAGGUAUUAUGUUCGCACCGCUCGUUUGUCGCAAAUGUGGCAAGAAACGUGUGGAGCGUAAGGAGAUCAUCACGGAAAUUGUCGAGACCGAAGAGAAGUAUGGUCGUGAUUUACAAAUCAUUUUGGAAGAGUUUUGCCAUCCCAUGCUGGUGGCCGGUCUAUUAACACAGGAACAGCUCUCUGCAAUCUUCUUGAAUACCGAAGAAUUGCUCGAGAACAAUCAGACACUGGCGGAGCGUAUGCGCGACGCACUCGACAUUGCUCUCGAGCAAGGCGACGACGAUCUGCUGACGGUGAACAUCGGUAAGAUAUUCCUCGACUUCACGCAGAUGUUGCACGCCUUCGAGAGCUACUGUGUGCGACAGGCAGGCGCCAGUUUGCUGCUCGCCAAUCUCGAAAAGGAAAAGGAACUUUUGCGCAUUUUCCUGAAGGUCUCCCAAAUGGAGAAUGCAGUUUUGCGUCGCAUGAAUCUCAACUCUUUCCUAAUGGUACCCGUACAACGUGUAACCAAAUAUCCCCUUCUACUCGCCCGCCUCUACAAAGUGACGCCUGCUCAUCUCGAAGGACGUAGCCAACUGAAGCAGGCCCAGGAAAAAAUCGAAUUGCAUCUCAACCACAUCAACCAGGAGGCAAAGGAUGUGCCAACCAAACUGUGGCGUCGCAUAUCGUCAUCGAGUCCCAAUCGACGUGCUUCCUGCGAAAUCGAUAUGAUCAAUAUAAAACUACGUAAAAUGGCCAUCGACAUACUCGAAUGGAAUCAUGAUGAAGUACGUUUUGCCAUGGAGGGCAAACUGCUGUAUACUCAGCCCACUGAUAGCAAUUGGAAGAAAGCGCGCACCAUCAAACUGACGCCGGUCAAUGCAUUACUCGUUACAAAUGGAAAGCCAAGCGCCAAUUACAAGGCAGAGAAAGUUAUGUCAGAUAAACCGAAAUUCCCGAGACACAACGGCAUACGGGAGGCCUCGCUGUUGGUUGUGAAGGAGAAAUGCGGACGUUACACACUAAUACGUGAGCCAUUGUAUCUGGACAGAUGCGUUGUGUGCAGUGAAGCGGAUUGGGAUGAUUAUUUUGAGGUGCAGGAAAUCUCAUCGAAGGACACUUUCAUAUUCAAAGCUGAGGAUGGUGUUCGUACAAAGCAGUGGUAUUCGGAGUUGCAAUAUCACGCGCAAGGAAUGGGCGCCUGGCGUAAGCGACGCAAUGCACUAGCCAACAUCAUGAUCAACGGAAUGCUGUCGCGUAACUAAGAUGUAAUUGAACAACAAAAAAACAACAAGAACAACAUCAAAAG